AUCAGAAUGUUGUUAAGAGACUCCUCUCAGAUAAGAACCAAUUCUAACCCAUCUUCUCUUUACUUUGCCAUACCCUACUGGUGUAAAAUAUUCUUGCAAUUUAUGAAAUGGAUUUCAAGAGAACAAUACUGGUUUUAUUACUAGCUUUAGCUUUGCAGAAAGGCACCAAAACUCAUGGAGAUAGUGAGCUUCUGGUUCUUGAUUAUUACAAAGAAAGUUGCCCUUUCGCACAAGAGAUUGUUAGAUAUCAUGUUGAGCUUGCUGCUCUUGAAAAUCCUCGAAUGGCUGCUGCUCUGCUCCGCUUGCAUUUUCAUGAUUGUUUUGUUAUGGGUUGUGACGCAUCAGUUCUUCUGGAUAGCAACGGAGACAUAGUUAGUGAGAAGCAAGCAGGACCUAACCUAAAUUCGUUGCAUGGAUUUGAAGUGAUUGAUAAGAUCAAAUAUAGUUUGGAAGAAGCAUGCCCACUUACUGUCUCUUGUGCUGAUAUUCUCGCCAUGGCUGCUCGUGAUGCUGUUGCUUCAAGAGGAGGUCCAAGAUGGGAAGUCUGGCUAGGCAGGAAGGACUCCUUGAAAGCUAGCUUUGGUGGUGCCAAUAAGUUUAUACCUACUCCAAAUUCCUCCUUGGAAAUUCUCAUUGCCAACUUUAAACAGCAGGGGCUAGACAUAACAGACUUGGUUGCUUUAUCAGGUAGUCACACAAUGGGAAAGGCAAGGUGCUUAAGCUUUAGGCAGAGAGUUUAUGAAGUGAACCCAGAAGAAAACUAUGACAAAUACAAGAGAUAUACUACAUUUAGAAGAAUCCUACGGUCCAUAUGUCCAAGAUCAGGAAGAGAUGAUCAAUUGGCACCGCUUGAUUAUAAUACUCCAGCUAGAUUUGACAAUCAUUAUUUCAUAAACAUUCUUGAAGGAAGAGGUUUGUUAGGAUCUGACAAUGUAUUGGUCAAAGAAGAUGAUGAAGGCGAGAUAAUAAAACAAGUAUGGGGUUAUGCCUCUAAUCAACAACUUUUCUUUGAUUCCUUUGUCAAUUCUAUAGUCAAAAUGGGAAAUAUAAAUGUACUUACCGGAAAUGAAGGACAGAUCAGAGAAAAUUGUAGGUUUGUUAAUGCUUAACACAAAGUUCGGUCUAUUUUUUUAUUUUAGUGUUUCGCCCAAAAAAUAUUUGUAAUUAAGUACAUGUACUCAUUGAAAUUUGAUUAAGCGAUUGUGACAGAUUUGUUAAUCCAGAAAGCUGAGUCAGUCUUAUGGGGGACCCAUUGUUAUAUGCUGACAGCUUAUGUGGAUACAAUAAGUCCACAUCACCCAAAUCUUAAAUCACUUUGAUUUUUACUCUUCAUUUUGUGUUUCCACAUUUAGGGUUUAAAUGGUUUGGUGAAUAGAAAAU